AUGAUUAUAUCACAUGCUCCUUGUGUACUUCAGAGAGCUCAUGACUUUUCUUCUUCUGACCAUCGCAGCACGGGUCCCCCGCCACCAGCACAUGGCACUACCACCCUUGCCUUUCUGUAUGCAGAUGGUGUUGCUGUUGCAACAGACUCACGCUCCUCUGCUGGAAAGCUGAUCUGCAGCCCUGACAGCCGCAAAGCAUUUCUUAUCCACAGUCAUUUGCUAGCCACCACUUCAGGCAGUGCUGCUGAUUGCCAGUUCUUUGGACGAGUUUUGGCCAGAGAGUGCAGGCUUUACCAGGUGCGGAAUGGAUACAUGCCAAGUGUUCGAGGAGCAGCUAGAAUGUUGAGCGUCCUGAUGAUGCCAUUCCGUGGAACUGAUAUCUGUGCUGCUGUUACUUUAUGUGGCUGGGACAGAGAUGGUGCUUGCAUCUGUUAUGUAUAUAAUGAUGGAACCCGUCUCUGCUCAGAUAUUCUGUCUGUUGGAUCAGGCUCUCCAUAUGCCUACAGCAUUAUUGAUGAUGGGUACAAACCUGGAUUGAAUGAAGAAGAAGCCCGCCAGCUUGCUAGAAGAGCAGUGUGCCAUGCAGGCCGAAGAGAUGCCUAUUCUGGUGGAUUUGUAGAUGUGUACUGGGUGAGAGAGGGAGGCUGUGAAAUGGAUCCUAGAGAAGACUUGGCACAACUGUAUGAGCGUAUAGUAGAAGAAAAGAGGCUGAGAAACGAACCUCAGAAACUGCCCGCUCCUUAA